AGACAGCGAGCGGAGGAGACGGACAGCGGAGACCCGGAGACACACACACACACACACAUAUACACCAGCCAUGCAGCAGUCGGACGACAUGGAGGGUUCCAUGGAAUCCCCUAAUCUGGAGUUUGAGUACGGGGACGCAGACGGUCUGACUGCAGAACUCUCAGAGCUGUACAGCUACACUGAGGAGCCCGAGUUCUCCCUGAACAGGGACUGCUUUGAGGAGGAUUUCAGGAGUCACGUGAAGGGCAGGCGAUGGGUGGAGCUGAGUGUGGAUGAACAGAGGACGUACAUCAUGCGACUGCUGGAUGCUCUAGAGGUCACGGACAGAGACAAAAGGCUGAAAGUGGCUCGGGCUAUACUCUACCUGGCCCAGGGGGUGUUUGAUGAGUGUAACACAGAAGCGGAUGUUCUUUACUGGACACGACACAAUGCCUUUCUGCUGUAUGAAAUGGGCAUCUUCACUGCACUGCUGGAGCUGCUCAGCAUGGAGAUUGAUAAUAACCAGGCAUGUAGCAGUGCUGUCAGGAAACCUGCCAUAUCCCUGGCAGACAGCACUGAACUCAGGGUUCUACUGAGCAUCAUGUAUCUGAUGGUGGAGACGAUCCGGGUGGAAACAGGAGACAAGCCGGAGUGGCAGAAGGCUCGAGAGUCCUUCAGAACUGAGCUGGGCUCACCACUGUACAACGGGGAGCCCUUCGCCCUUCUCCUCUUCACCAUGGUAACCAAAUUCUGCAGCAUGAGUGCCCCCCACUUUCCAAUGAAGAAAGUGCUGCUGCUGCUGUGGAAGACCGUACUGUUCACUCUGGGUGGUUUUGAGGAGCUGCAGGAGAUGAAGGUUAAAGGGAGAGAGAAGUUGGGUCUGCCGUCGCUCCCUGAGGACAGUAUUAAGGUGGUCCGGAGCAUGAGAGCAGCCUCACCACCAGCCACUGCCAUGGAGCUCAUUGAACAGCAGCAGCAGCAGAAAAGAGGACGCAGGAGUCGCAGGCCUCUGGUCAAGCAGGACAGCCUGGACACCUACAACGAGCGGGACCCCUUUAAAAACGAUGAUGCUCGGGAUGAGGAAGAUGACGCUGAGGAUGUGGACAGCGGAAUAGAGGGCGAGGUUGACCCCCUCGACCGUGAUGUCAUCAUCCAGCCCCCUCCUCCUCCGCCCCCUCUGCGGCCUUCUACUGAGAGAGUGACCUUCCCUAAAGGCCUCCCGUGGGCACCUAAAGUCCGAGAGAAAGACAUCGAGCAUUUUUUAGAGACCAGCAGGAACAAGUUUAUCGGCUUCACCCUGGGAAGUGAUACCGAGACGCUUGUUGGGUUGCCCAGACCCAUUCACGAAAGUGUAAAAACUCUUAAACAGCACAAGUACAUCUCCAUUGCCGAAGUGCAGAUCAAGCGAGAGGAGGACCUGCAGCAGUGCCCCAUGACCAUGGGGGAGGAGGAAGUAGAUGAGACACCUGCAGAAAGCCUAUAUGUGGGAAUGCUUCCAAGCCUUUCUCAGUAUGUGAUUGCCCUGUUGAAGCUGCUUCUGGCUGCAGCUCCAACCUCCAAGGCCAAGACGGACUCCAUCAACAUCCUGGCUGAUGUUCUACCUGAGGAGAUGCCCAUCACUGUCCUCCAGAGUAUGAAGCUGGGCAUUGAUGUGAACAGACACAAGGAGAUCAUUGUCAAGGCCAUUUCUGCACUGCUGCUCCUCUUGCUGAAGCACUUCAAACUCAACCAUAUAUACCAGUUUGAGUACGUGUCCCAACAUCUGGUAUUUGCCAACUGCAUCCCUCUCAUCCUCAAGUUCUUCAACCAAAACAUCAUGUCUUACAUCAGUGCUAAAAACAGUGUGUGUGUGUGUUACACCGAGUGUUCUCACUGCAGUAUCUGUGUGCUGGAUUUCCCUCACUGUGUGGUCCAUGAGAUGCCUGAACUCACUGCUGAAAGCUUGGAAGCUGGAGACAAUAAUCAGUUCUGCUGGCGGAAUCUAUUCUCGUGCAUCAACCUUCUGCGGAUCCUCAACAAACUUACCAAAUGGAAACACUCCAGAACCAUGAUGCUGGUGGUGUUUAAGUCUGCUCCAAUCCUGAAGAGGGCACUGAAGGUCAAGCAAGCCAUGAUGCAGCUUUAUGUUCUCAAGCUUCUCAAGAUUCAGACCAAGUACCUGGGCCGCCAGUGGAGGAAGAGUAACAUGAAGACCAUGUCGGCAAUCUACCAGAAGGUCCGGCAUCGACUUAAUGAUGACUGGGCUUAUGGGAAUGAUAUUGACGCACGGCCGUGGGACUUUCAGGCGGAGGAAUGCGCUUUGCGGGAGAGCAUCGAGAAGUUCAACGCACGGCGGUACGAUACGAACCAGAACAGUGAGUUUGUCCCGGUGGAUAACUGCCUGCAGAGCGUGCUGGGCCAGCGAGUCGAGCUGCCUGAGGACUUCCACUACAGCUAUGAGAUGUGGCUGGAAAGAGAGGUCUUCUCUCAGCCCAUCCAAUGGGAAGGCCUGCUGCAAGCUCAGUGAUGCCACAAGACGUUAACUUGAACUAGACUGAUACAACCUGUUGUGGGUUCACAAGCAACCCUGCAUAUACAGAGAAACACACAUGCAGACAGAGUGCACGUGCCAGUGCUAUUCUUCCUGUAAAUGAAUGCUUGUAAAUAGAAAUAUCUCUAAAUACAGUGUAUGGGUUUUGACAUGGUAACCUGUUUCAUUUGUGAAACGCCAUUCUCGCACAUGUACUCCUGACGACAAUAUGAAAGAAAAACGAAGCCUCUAUUUCAACCUUUACAUUGUAUACAAAUGACCAUUUAAAGUACGAAUAUAAUAGAAGUAAGUAUUAUAAGUAUGUCCUAAAAAAAGAGUGAAGGUACGUAUGUAUUUAUUUAUUUAUCUAGUCAUUCUUUUCAAAUUUUCUCAGUCUGGAACUGCUGAUAAAACUUUUAUUUUUGAUGCGCAUAUAUAUAUAGAACAAAAAAUAAUGCAUGUUGUCAAGCUAGAGAGACUUGAUUUUAAAAACAAACAAAAAUAUCCCAUGGCAUCCAUAAGCAUUACUCAUGUGUCAGCAGAACCGGAAGAACUGGUCCUUAAAGAUUCCUUCCAGAGACUGCUGCUAACUCUCACUUCCUGCACCGUGUCUCUCUUUCAGUGCACUGGAAAAAAACGUCCUUGAGAAAGUCACGCUUCUUUUUGUAUGUUGGAUGUCAGAGCUGCCUACACUACUGUAUACUUAGAACGAGCUCUAACAGCACAGCACAAAAACACAGAAGUGUCCUUGGUGAAUAGCAUCACCCUCUUUACAAAUAGCAAGGUUACAACAUAACGGUGCUGGUUUUUAAACAUGAUUUUAUGACGUCUCCUCUGUCUUUUCCCCCCUCCCCACUUCCUCUCUUUCACCUCUGUCUUGUUGCACUCUUUCUUCGUCAUGAUUAAAUGACAUGAAAGAAGAGUCUUUGUUUUAAUACUGAGUUUUGUUCAACCGAGAGAGGAUUUUAUAUGCUUCAUUUCUAAAAUUGUUUUCUAUACUGAUUUUUUUUUUUUUGUUAAAAAUCGUUAAAAUACAUUUGUGUGUCCGGACAUACUUGCCAAUAACACAACCUCAAAUCAGAAAACAUUGGGUGGUAUGUUGAAAUGUAAAUUAAAACUGCAAACAAUGAUUUUAAAUAAUAUCGGCCAGUAUUGCACUCAAAACAAUACUACAGCAUAUUAUUUAUUUGAUGUUUUACUUCACGAAUUUUGUUUUUUCAAAAUAAACAUGUUUCAAUUUUGAUUAUGGCAAUGCAUUUCAAAAAAGGUUGGGAUGGUAAAGCAUUUACCACUUUGUCACUCGUUCUCACAACACUCUAAAUAUCUUUCGGGACUGAAGACACCAAGUGAUUUAAGCAUUGCGGGUGUUAUUUUGUCCCAUUCUUUCUGCAAACAGGUCUUAAGGUGUGCAAGAGUACAGGGUCAUUGUUAUCAUGUUUUUCGUUUCAGAAUUCACCAUGCAUUCUCAAACAGUAAAGGUUUAACUGGCAUUUGUGGAUAUAACUCCGUAUUGUAGUGCUUGACAAAGGUUUGCCAAAGUUAUCCCGUGCAGUGCUGUCUGAGAGGUCAGAGGUCACAGGUGUUCAGCUUAGGCUUGUGCCCUUACCCUUUACACACUGAAAUUCCUCCAGAUUCCUUGAAUUGUUUAAUGAUAUACACCAUAGAGUGUGAAAUCUCCAAAUCCCUUUCUAUCUUUCUUUGAAAAACGUUGUUUUCAAACAUUUCAAUAAUUUACUCAUGCAUUUGUUAACAAACUGGAGAUCCUCAGCUCAUCUUUGCUCCUCAAAGAUUAGGCCUUUCCUGGAUAUGAAUUUUGUACCAAAUCAUGAUUACAAUCACCUGUUAACAUUGACUGUUACAAACCACAUCAUUAUUUAAUUGUUUAACCUCAUUAAUAGCCCUAAAUUGCCCCCAUCCUAACUUUUUUUGGAAUGUGUUGCCUGAAAUGCAGGAAUGGAUAUAUAUAUUAACAAAUGAAAUGAAGUUAACCAGACAAAACAUGAAAUAUCUUGGGUUCAUUCUGUCUGCAAUGAAAUGUAUCCAUCCAUUAACUGUAGCCGCUUAUCCUGUGCAGGGUCGCGGGCAAGCUGGAGCCUAUCCCAGCUGACUAAGGGUGAGAGGCAGGGUACACCCUGGACAAGUUGCCAGGUUAUUGCAGGGCUGACACAUAGAGACAACCAACCAUUCGCACUCACAUUUACACCUAUGGUCAAUUUAGAGCCACCAAUUAGCCUAACCUACAUAUCUUUGGGGGAAACCAGAGCACCCAAAGGAAACUUACGCAGACACGGGGAGAACAUGCAAACUCCAUACAGAAAGGCCCUCGUUGGCCACUGGGCUUGAACCCAGGACCUUCUUGCUGUGAGGUGACAGUGCUAACCACUACACCACCAUGCCACCCAAUGAAAUACAAGUCAAAGUAAAUGUAGAAAUCACUGCUUUCUUUUAUUGCAUUUUCCAUACCGUCCCAUCUUUUUUCUGAUUUGGGAUUCUAAUUGUAGAAUAAUGCAUGUUUUGAUUCUUUCUUUAAAAACAGUAAUUUUAAUGUACAGCAUGUGUUUUGAACUGUUUUGGAACAUAUUUUUAAUCUUUUAAUCAGCUGCACCUAUUUAUUGUCUUAUUCUCUGAUAUCACUGUCACAGAAUGUAGAAGUCUAAUCUUAAGAUGGAAUGUAAUUAUUUCUGUUCUUCUGGGCUCAAAAAAAUCCAUUACAGGCUUUGACUGAUGCCUCUGUUCAGAGAUAUUGAUCCAACAUAAGGAAGCAAUACCAUCUAGUGGCUGCACAAAAUGGAUAUUGUAAUUGUAUUGCUACAUAUUGCACUGGCAAUAUGCCUUAAUGUAUUAAAACACACAUUAGUGAAGCCAUG